AUGCCGGGGGUGAUAAAUAUGGACGAGUUGACAGACGUGGAUAAGGCUAAAAUGGAAAGAGACCAAAAGAAGAUUGAAGUCAAGCUUGAGAGAUGGAUGACGUCUAAGUGCUGUACUGAGUUUAUGGAGGCGGUUCAGGCCGGUGUAGAAGAGGACACUCUGGUCAAAGGCAUCGCAGAAGACAAGAACCCAUUCAAGGAGUUGAAAGGUGGAUGUGUCGUCUGCUGA